GGGCCGUGUUUACCUUCCGGGGCGCGGGCGGGUUCCGGGGCGGGCGGUCGCUGCCGGCCCGGCCGUGGCUGAGCGGAGAGCGGCGGCCCCGGCGGACGGAGCCCCGCGGGCACCAUGAGCGGUUCACAGAACAAUGACACUAAAAGACAGUUUCUUCUAGAACGGCUGCUGGAUGCAGUUAAACAGUGUCAAAUACGAUUUGGAGGAAGAAAAGAAAUUGCUUCAGACUCUGAUAGCAGAGUGACCUGUUUGUGUGCUCAGUUUGAGGCUGUGUUGCAGCACGGCCUGAGGAGGAGCCGAGGACUGGCAUUAACAGCAGCAGCAAUCAAACAGGCAGCAGGUUUCUCCAGUAAAACUGAAACAGAGCCGGUGUUCUGGUACUAUGUGAAGGAGGUCCUGAACAGGCACGAGCUGCAGCGCUUCUACUCCCUGAGGGCCAUCAGCACGGACAUCGGCAGGGGCCGGGCCUGGCUGCGCUGUGCGCUGAAUGAGCAUUCCCUGGAGAGAUACGUUCACAUGCUGCUGGCAGACAAGAAUCGACUCAGUGUCUUCUAUGAAGACUGGUCUUUUAUGAUGGAUGAAGAACGUUCCAGUAUGAUCCCUACGAUGGCAGCUGGUCUGAACUCCAUCCUUUUUGCGAUCAACAUCGAUAACAAGGAUUUAAAUGGGCAGAGCAAGUGCACACCCACAGUGUCUGAUCUGUUAAAGGAAUCCACCCAGAACGUAACCUCACUGCUGAAGGAAUCCACGCAGGGGGUGAGCAGCCUCCUCCGCGAGAUCACCGCGUCCUCUGCUGUGUCCAUCCUCAUCAAAGCUGACCCCGACACCGACCCCCUGCCCGUUCUGCCCCGCAGUGUAAAUGCUGAUUUGAGAUAUAAAAAAGAUCGAAAAAAGAAGAAGAGAGUGACCAAUAUUAUCUCAUUUGAUGAAGAGGAAGAUGAGCAAAAUUUGGGGGAUUCCACAAAGACUCUGAUUACAGGAGAAAGUUCAGAGGAGAGUGUAGACAGAUCCUCAGUCCUUGCAUUAUCCUCCUCUGAAAGCACUCUUGGAAAAAAUGUGAAUGGGGAUGAAAGUAACAGUUCAUGGAAGAGCAAUUCAUUCCCUCAUUCCCUCAUGAACGGAGAGUACGAGUACCAGAAACUGGAUGUGAAGAGCAUUGAUGAUGAAGAUGCAGAUGAGGAUGAGCUGUAUGGAAAAACAUUAGGAAAUAAAGGCACAGAAGGUGAAACUGAAGCUUCUGAAAAGCCUCAUGAAAUAGGCACUUGCAGUUCUCAGAUAUGCAGUUGGACUCCUCUGCAGGUCCUCAAUGAUGACUCAGAUGUGCUGUUUCCUGUCAGUGCUGUUGGCUCUUACUCCCAAACAGAUAAUUUGGAGAAUGGAGAGGGGCAUGAACAUGUUCAUCCAGUAGAACUGGUUCCAAGAAGAGCUGAUCUCCCUUACAGAGUGGAAGUCAGUUCUCCAGCACAAGUGAAUACUUUAAGCAGUAUGUUGCCUUCAGCCACCGUGCCAGAAUCCAUGACAAUUAAUGAACUUCGUCAAGCUAUCGUGGCCAUGAUGAAUAGGAAGGAUGAACUGGAAGAGCAGAAUAGAUCCCUGCGAAACCUGCUGGAUGCAGAGAUGGAGCUCUCAGCAGCACUGAGGCAGGAGAUGGACAACUGGAGAAGGAAAGUAGCAGAGCAGGAAGAGAGACAUGCCACGAAAGUCCAGGCCUUGGCACGAGAAAAUGAGGUGCUAAAAGUGCAGCUGAAGAAGUACGUAGGAGCUGUCCAGAUGCUCAGACGAGAAGGUCAAACGGUGGAAGUUCUGCCAAACCUUUGGAGCACUGAUGGUGAAUUUACGAUUCCAGAGCAAAAGCAAGUAGAGAACAACGAGGAACUCGCCAGCUCUUAUGAAAGGAAAUUGAUUGAGGUGGCUGAAAUGCAUGGGGAGCUGAUUGAAUUCAACGAGAGGCUGCACCGUGCCCUGAUGGCCAAGGAAGCUCUUGUGGCCCAGAUGAGACAAGAACUAAUUGAUUUGAGAGGCCCAGUGCCUGGAGAUUUGAGUCAAACAUCUGAAGAUCAGAGUUUGUCAGAUUUUGAAAUAUCAAACCGUGCUCUUAUUAAUGUUUGGAUUCCCUCAGUCUUUCUGCGUGGAAAAGCUGCUAAUGCAUUCCAUGUUUAUCAGGUUUAUAUCAGGAUAAAGGAUGAUGAAUGGAAUGUUUAUCGAAGAUAUGCAGAGUUCAGAAGCUUGCAUCACAAAUUACAGAGCAAAUACCAGCAAGUGAGGACUUUUAACUUUCCACCAAAAAAGGCCAUUGGAAAUAAGGAUGCAAAGUUUGUAGAAGAGUGACGCAAGCAGCUACAAAAUUACCUAAGGAACGUAAUGAACAAAAUCAUUCAAACUGUGCCAGAAUUCACAGCCAAUCCCAAAAAAGAGACACUUAUUCAGCUGAUGCCCUUUUUUGUUUUUCCGAGGAGUCUAUAGCCUGAAUGUCACCUAGUGAUAUUCCAGCCUCUGGGGAAGCAGUGAGCAAGGGCAGCCGCUCGAGGGUGACCACGCGCUUCCCCAAACUGUCCCGCAGCCACCCGAGGGAGCCCCGGAGCCUGGAACCCCAGAGCGGGGACCUCUGACCCUUCUUCCUAGCUGGGAACACGGGCACCACGUACUUUAAGUUGUUCUGUGAUUCCUUCCUAGCCUAUAUUUAUCAUUUAAGCUCCUGAAGAGACUACAGCUGCAUCAACUUAAAUCCUGAAAAGAGACAUUCAUUACCAAGGGUCAUAUCCUGAUUAACUACUUUGGAAGGCAGUAAUCACUUUCUCAAAAGAAUACGAGGGCUCUUCACCAGAGCUCAGCAAACUGAUGGCAUUUUCUUUGUUUUGUAAAGCUGCACUGCACAUAUUCUCCUUUGUUCCUUUGAGGUCCUUCUUUUACAAUGAAUUCCUUGUUUGUAUUGUGUUGUCUCCCUUUUAACAUGUACAUUUUUCUGUUCCAGAGAGACGUGGCUAUCAUGUCAAGACAAUUUUUUUUUUCCUUAGAAGAACAGUUAUGAUUAUCACUACUUAAUAUGUCAGAAGGGUGUCCUGAAAAGAACCUCACUAAUUUAUUACCUUUUGUAAAUAGAAGGACUGGGUUGUUUUGGGGUUUUUUUAUUGUAAACCUCUAACAUGCAAGUUUUUAAAAAAACUUGACAAUGUAGAUGAUGAGACAAAUGUUACAGGUGGAAAAAUAGCUUUUGUACAUUUCUAGCUAGAUAUUCUCAAUAGCUUUCAUUUAUGGGAAGUGUUCUUUAAAAUCAGAGAAUGUAAUAAUUUUUUAGUAAAAUUUCAUUCCUGCUGGAAGGCAGGUGCAAUAUUAUUAAUUUUUACAAACCACUGCAAGGAUACACAAAAUUAGCAUGGUGCAAAACAGUGCUUUCAAGUUUUGGGUUAUAUUUUGUUAUCAGUUUGUUGCUGAUGUUACAGAAUAGUCCAUCAUUAAUCUGAUUUUGUAAAACCCUUCACAUGGUGAUACUUAAAAAAUUGCCUGUAAUGAAAGUGCCUGUUACCCAUCACCUCUUAUUGAAAAGUAAUUUGUAAUGCUACUACUGUAAGAGUGACUAAAAUAUUGACAAGAAUUAUUACAAGUGAUGGAAGUCCCGACAUGGAUUAACUGGAAUCCAGUUCAGUAUCCAUUAGCUGCACUGCCGUAGGCAGUUAAUUAUGUUUUAGCUAUCUUCUUCUCUUCAUUAAGUUUAACCAGUAUACAUUCAAAUUUUCCAUUAAUUGUAUUCUGGUUUUCCUUUGUGUAAGAACAUCUUUCUUCUCAGAAGUUUUUUUCGAUAACGUUACUUAAAUUGAUGUAUCUUGUCAUUUUAUUAUCUGUCAUUAUAUUAAAUUCUCACAUCAGUAGGUACUAAAAUCUUAUAUCGUUCACCAGAAAAAAAGAAAAAAAACCAAGCUGAUGAUUAAUAACAGGUUUUUUUACCUCACUGCUUUGCUAAAGUUCUGGCAAACUGGAACUUUGUUCUGCAAACUGUGACCAGUGUGUGUUGUUCAGGCAGGUGAGUGGCCCAGCCAUUUCUGUGGCACUCCCUGGGUGAGAAGGAGUUUGUUACACACAGGGAGGAGCAUCGGUGCCUGAGUAUGAGCCCCAAGGGCUGGAUUGCUCCCCCUGAAAUAAAUAUGUAGCUCUCAGAUUGCACUGAACAGCAGAACGUGGUGGAGAGGAGUGGAAUUCACUCCUCAGGUCAGAAAUUUCAGUAGGUGAAAUAUCACAAAGUAAAAUCAUGUCACAGAAAUGAAACAAGAUUUUUCAGUCAGUAAGAGUUCUCAGUCACGAGGCAGAUAAACAGCAAAGCCCAAAGGGCAGCCUGGGAACAAGUGGGUUUGUUUUCAUUAACAGAUGAAUUACUGUUGGUGUUUUGUGUAAGUUACAGUGGGACACUUAUUUGAGAAGGCAAAGUGAGUAGUUUGUCAGUGAAGUAGCUUCUCCAAACUCUUUAGCCCAAUGCACUGCUGCUGGUUUAGUUUGUUGGAAAGAAAAGUAGCUGUAAUGAUGGUCCCACUUUGAAACAAUUCUAUUUUUCAGAAGGUGUAGUCUUGGUUAAUAGAAACAUGGCACACAUCUAUUAAUACUGAAUUGCAAGUAAAUCUGAAAGAAAACACUGUGUGGAAACUUUUGUGAUGCAUCUGGCUUAUGGAGCUGUGAUCAUUUUCAGGAAAUAAUUCACAGAUUCAAAUACUUCUUAUUCAGAAAGUUGCAAAUGAUAAGAAAUCUCAUUUAGCGCAGACUGAAUUUUUUUGUUAGUUGUUUCAAAGGAAUUGUUUGUAUCUUAAAAUUAUUCCAUCCCUGAUUGUCUUGCUUCUUGUAAUUUUUAAUGUAUGUAUGUAGAUCACAUAAAAAUACUGAACUUGUU